CCUGUCAGCGUUGUAGUACAAUCUGUCACUGCUGUGCUGCCAAAUUGCGUGUCUCCCCCUGCUCCGUGCGCUGUUCCGGCUCUCGCACAGCGAGCACCAGGGCGUAGCAGCACGGCGCCGGGUGACUGUUUCAACUUGUAUCCGGCUGACUAGCUCCAAGUUCGCUAACACGCCGAAGAAGUUGACAGCGGCGUUAGCGAGCUUCCUUACAGUUAGCCGGCUAGCUUCGCGUAGGAGGGGGCACCGAGAAACCAACAAGUAGCACACCGGACAAAAGUGAACAACAAUGCAGAGCACCAGCGUGCCACUUCAGUCCAGAAAGAGGAAACGUGAUGUGUCCAACGUGGACAACGAGGUGGGAGAAAGGAUUGGGAAAAUCCCCAGAUGCACUGUGGGGUUGAAGCACCCUGCGCCUUUCGCUGAUGAGCUGGUGCCAGCUAAUGCGCAACCCUACGAGAGGGUCAGCAUGGAGGAGGCCAAACGGGGAACACGGCUGGAAAGGCCGGUGCGGGUGUAUGCUGAUGGAAUCUUUGACGUUUUCCACUCAGGACAUGCAAGGGCUCUUAUGCAGGCCAAAGGCCUCUUCCCAAAUACGCACCUCAUAGUCGGAGUGUGCAGUGAUGACCUGACGCACAAGUUCAAGGGCUUCACGGUCAUGAAUGAAGACGAACGCUACGACGCCAUCCGACAUUGUCGCUACGUGGACGAAGUGGUGCGGAACGCUCCUUGGACGUUAACGCCUGAGUUCCUCACCAAGCACCGCAUUGACUUUGUGGCCCAUGAUGACAUCCCAUACUCCUCGGCAGGCAGUGACGACAUAUAUAAGCACAUUAAGGAAGCAGGGAUGUUUGCUCCCACCCAGCGGACAGAAGGCAUCUCCACCUCCGACAUCAUCACGCGCAUCGUCCGUGACUACGACCUGUACGUCAGGCGCAACCUACAGAGGGGUUACACGGCCAAGGAGCUCAACGUCAGCUUCAUCAACGAGAAGAAGUACCACCUGCAGGAGCGUGUGGACAAGGUGAAGAGGAAGGUACGAGACGUGGAGGAGAAGAGCAAAGAGUUCGUCCUAAAGGUGGAGGAGAAAAGCAUCGACCUCAUCCAGAAGUGGGAGGAGAAGUCCCGGGAGUUCAUCGGCAACUUCUUGCAGAUGUUUGGGCCCGAGGGAGCUCUGAAGCAUAUGCUGAAGGAGGGCAAAGGCCGCAUGCUACAGGCCAUCAGCCCUCGCCAAAGCCCCAGCAGCAGUCCGGCCCGCGAGGAGCGCUCACCCUCUCCCACCUUCCGCCUGCCCUUCUUCAACAAGAGCUCCCCGCCCCCCUCACCUCACCACAGCGGCGCGCGGGGGGGCGGAUACCUCGUCAGCGAGGACGACGAUGACGAAGAUGAAGACGACGACAAUUAGAGUGGUCAUUUUUAAUUUGUUCUCUUUUUUUUCACUCUAGCAGCAGAUUCUGUUGCUUUUGUUGCUGUCGGAAUUUUAGCACUUGUCACCUGUUUAUAUCCUUAUUUUUGUGCACCAAUUUGUCACACGUUCUUAGUAAGUUGAGUGGGAUUUCAAAAGGGUGGACAAUUUCCAGUAAAUUUCCAUGGGAAGUAAAACGGGACAUUUGGAAACAUUUAGAACUGGAAACUUUCCACAGGAAAUAACUAGGAAUUUAUGGUAAUUUCAUGGAAAUGUAUCACAUUCAAGUGUGUGUAUAUAUAAAAACAAAAAUUGGGGGGCUAAGUAGGGGAAGUUAAGAUGGGGAAUUUUGGAUUCAAGCAUAAAUAUAUAUUUUUUUGUCUUUAAGCAGACAUCCAUGUGAAUUAAGUAGCUCUACUCGCGCACAUGCGAGGGCAUCACUGUACCUUAACUGCACCAGUUUUUUUCCUCCACUUUGCAAUUCCCUAGUAAGAGCAAACCUUAGCAAAAGUUUUGAAUUCCUUAUUUAUUCCCAUUAAUUCCCAUGGAACAUUUCUAUGAUUUUUAUGGCUGGGGGGAAGAAAUCAAUUUACUUUGCUAUAUCAACUUCAAAAAUAGGCCAACACAAAAUUUCUGCCUCCAUGCUCUAAAAAAAAAAAAAAAAAAAAAAAAAAAGUUCCGCCCAGAACCGUGUUUGCGCUGCAGCAACUCAUGUCUCACACAGACAUUCGUUGCAGACGGACACAAUGUAGCCAACAUUGUGUCCGUAUAUCAUCAUAUACAAUGAUAAACUUUGCCAAAAAUGACAAAGGAGCAUCUGUAAGUAAUUACUUUUUUUUUAAAACAACAUAUAUAACAUAAGGGUGAGCUGAAUGGCGUCAGCAUUAGUUUUUGUUAACUAAAAUGGUAAUCGCGAUUGCUAACCAUUUAGCAUUUUGCUGUCUCAAGUUCUGUACACCAAAUUUAUACCAUACACUCAGUACCAGAGGUCGGGUGUAAGGCGUUACAUUUACUCGAGUAACAUUAUAAACUGUACUUGUCAGAGUACUUUAAAUGUACUGUACUUUUACUUUACUCAUGCCGUUCGCUACUUCUUAUUAGUCCAUUGUUCCGUGUGCCCGUCUAUUUUUAUACUCCAUCUUUGACUUCUACAUAGGCGCCUAUUGCGCCAAUCCAACGUGAUCACUGUCAUUUGACUCCAAUUCGUCAAUCAGACGGCACAAGGCAGUCACAUGACCACGCACACACCUUCGCGAACCGAUCAAAAUGACUCAAUUUGUGGUAGAAAAAAAAAAACGGUUACGAGAGUGUGUUUACUUUACAGACUCAAAAAAAAAAAAAAAACAGCUUUGUCAUGUCGCUCUUACAUUGUGACUGCCCAAACUUGGAUAUUUCAGCCCACUUCUAACUUGAGAAAACACCUUGCGAUAAGUUGCAGAUGUUUCUUUUGUUGUUUUGGCAGUGGAUAUGGCAACAUUAUCCCUAGCCUAUGGUGUCGCACAUGAACACGCACACACAAUCACAAAGUCUGGUCAGCAAAGAGCUUCUUCAUGAAGUCAUUGAAGUGAAUAAAGCAAAUCAUGUUUCUGUAGGGCCCAAUGCAUGUGUUGGUUUUUGGGCAGUUAAAAAUCGAAAUGGUGGCAGGUGUGUGUCGACUCCCAUAUAUUAUUGUUUUUGUCUUUUAUUUGAUAUUCAUGCUCUGAUUUGAAAAACAAAAUCAGAAGUUACAAGUUGGUUUACUUGAGUAGUUUUUUCAUUGAGUACUUUCUUACUCAAAUAUUUGGAUGACUACUUUUUACUUGAGUCAUAUUCUAAAGUAACAGUACUCUUACUUGAGUACAAUAUUUGGCUAGUCUACCCACCUCUGCUCAGUACCAAUAUAUGCAAUUUAAGGGUUGAAGUCCAUCCCUUAUAAAUGGGUACAAAAUGCAUGUUAGUAGUAAAAAAAAAAAGUUUUUAUUUAUUUUUUUUUUAGUUAUGGGGGGCAUUAUUAUUUAUUUGAUCAAUAAUUAAUCGAUUCUAGAAAGAUUUGAUAGUGACAGCCCACAUUUUGCAAACCUAUUCAUUAUGUUGACUUUAUUAACUCACUUUUAGGCUUUUUUGUUUUGUUUUGCAGGUAUUUACAUCUAUCUGUGAAGGCACAGUCCCAAUUUUAAUUGCGAUAAUGACAGACGUUGUCCAUGCAGUUUUACAACUCUGCUUUUUGUUCUCAAGCUAAAUUUCUGGAAAUAAAACCUUGGCAUAUUCGGCAAAACUGGGCACUAGUCUGCGUGUUAUACUACUAGUAUACUCCUAGCGAGUAUGCCAAAGUUGUCCUACUAGUGAGGACAAAGCGUACUCGUACGUGAACCUUAAAAUGGAUAUCAAUUAUAUAGAAUAAAUGCACAAACAGCUUUCCAUCGUAUUCAUAUUAGGAAAUAUUAAACUAAUACCCACCUGUUUAAAAAACACUUACGAUUGUUGUCUCCUGUAAAGAAUUAAUUUCUCCUUCUGAUCAAGAACAGAGACAUUGUUUCAGAUACUUUAAAUAUUUGAGCGUGUCGUGUCUCGUGUACUAAAAUUAAGUGUUUUCAUGGUCCUGUGGAGGGAAAAACCCCAGUCUACACUAACUGGUCAUAACUUUAGGCGCACCUGCUCAUCUGAUGUGAUCCAGUAUGAGAGCUGCACCAAAAACUUAAAUUAGUAGUCUCGAUAGAUUGUGCACGUGUAUCUAGUGUUGUGUCUGAUCUAUUCCCCAAAGCAACUGUCUCAAUUGUAAUAAAUAGAGAUCACAUUUGCUAUUGGAAUAAUCACUUGGCUAAUGUGGGGAUGUCUUUUGGAUGGAAAGUGUUUCGUCAUCACAGUGUGGCGACUAAUGUCAACAACAACUCCAGCGGCCAGUUGUGUAUUGGCCACCACUACGAUACUAGUGUUUUGAAGUGUAUUUUAAUUUUCAUUUGUUUUACUGUUUGGGGGUCAUUGAGUCCCUCUUUGUAGGAGUUGGAAGAUGGGAUAAAAGUAUUAAAUGUGUCGGCCAAAGUACGUGUGACAGUGUGCCCAAUCAUUUGGUCUAAGAGUGAGUUGAAAUCUAUUUAUGGUCAAAUGAGAAUCCUUAUUUAGCCGUGCUCACAAUACGCGUCAUACAAGCAGCUUGCAAUUCACAAAUAACUUGAAUUUGACAUAUAUAUACAGCACUUUUCAAAAGUUUGGGGGUUACUCACAAGUUCUUAUUUUUCAAAGAAAAAGACAGUUGUACCCCAUUAACAAAUUUAAGAGCACGGGCGGGCAAUGUUUUGAGCUCAAGUGCUACAUUUGAUUUUGAAAACAGAUGGGCCAGGUCAUUCCUGGAUGAGGUUUCAAAGCAAAACAA